AUGGAAGGCAAUUACUUCGAUCUUGAUAUUCCUUUUGAAGCAAUGAACGCGCACCUCCUUGCACGGUUGCUUGAUUGUGGAUAUUAUUAUGUGGCAGUCAGUCAGUCUGUAUCGGUAGAUGACUUCAAUUUCGAAGUUAAAUCAGAUUCCGCUACUAGGAAGAAAAACAAAGAGGAAAGACAAGCUAUGCGUCAGAACCUCACUGCUAAAUUAGAACCCCCUUCUCCAGAUGUUCUUCAAGCUUAUAUUAAUGAAAGUGGUGUGUUCAGAGCUUCCGUGUCACCUCCCGCUAUAUCAUGUAAACCACGAAUAUUCACACGUUUGACGAUAUAUUGCAAUAAUGCUGAAAAUGCCGGUUUAUUCUUCCGUCAAUUCGAGGAUAAACUUGGUGCCUUCGAUGUUGUGAGUUUCUGUCCUACUUCCAAUAGCGCUUUUGCAUAUGCAUGUGAAAAGGCUGUGAACAUUGAUCUUAUAUCUCUAGACCUUACAAAAUCAAGUGAAAUUCGACUGUUAAGUAAACAAUGCAAUUUGAUGAUGUCACGAGGUAUCCACUUAGAAUUUCAACUUGCUCCAGUACUUCGCUCUUCCUCUGGAACCUAUAGCGCACGUUCAGUCUUAUCACAGUAUUUCAGCAGCUUACUCUGCAUAGCGCGAAAGUCAUUUACAAAUAUGAUAGUCGUCAGUUCCGGGGCGUCAAGCGGAUGGGAAGUCCGUCGACCAGUGGCUGUAUCUGCAAUGCUUGGUUGUCUAGGUCUGCAACCGCAGGAGGCAACUCACUCUUGCCUUACCAAGGCGCCUUUCGCGGUAGUGACUCAUGGUCUUAUACGAAGCAAAACAGUACAUGGUGCAGCUGCACUGCUUAAACUUUUGUCUAUGCCAAAUGUAUCUUCUAUCGUUGUUAAACCUACUGUAAAUAAACAAUCUACAGACGAAGCUAGUUGUGUAGAAGAUGAAUUACCUUGUAAAAAGAUAAAACUAACGCAGUAA